UGUUUAAAAUUUUUAAAAAUUGUUCUUUUUUUCCUUGGUCUUUUUUACCGAUUACCGUUUUGUGUACAUUUUUAUUUACAUCUUAUCUCUAGCAGCAGACACGUAUUUAGGCGGGAGUCGAGUCUACCCUGUUGCCUGGAGUGGAAAUUUUUUGGUCCAUUUAGGGGGCCGUACAUUUAAAUUGGAAUAUUAUUAUUGUGUAAUGUGUAUUGUGUAAAUAAAUUAAUAAACACGAUUUAGCAAUCUAAUUUAUUAUCAGCUACAUUGGCAGUUGCUCAUAUCACAGAACAAUAUCAUAGCCUUAUCUUUCCUGGGAUGAAUAAUCAUUAAUAAUAUGGUUUUAUAAGAAAAAUAACAUCAACAUGUUCAAACUACAGUAUAAUACCCGAGUGAGCUUUUUCCGCCACUUAAAAGUCAGUAUCAGUAAUUCAAUAGAAGUAGCAUACCCGAGUAUAAGUCGUGCCGCUUCUAAAUCUGUUGUAGUCGAUGGAAAAUAUUACACUGAAGACGAAUAUACAAAUGUUACACCAAAAAUAUUAUCGUUUAUCGGUAUUAACAAUCACAAUCGUUGUGGCCACCCUCUUAACUUGUUCAAACAGCGCCUGGUUGAUUUUUUCUAUGAUCAUUUCAGAGGACGAACGGGCAAUCCAAUUUUUUCUAUUUAUGAUAAAAUCAACCCGGUUGUGACGACAAGUGAAAAUUUUGACUCUCUACUUGUGCCAAAAGAUCAUCCAAGUAGAAACAAAUCCGAUAGUUAUUAUUUGAAUAAGACUCACAUGCUUCGUGCUCACUGUACUGCUCACCAGUCCGAAUUGAUAAAAAUGGGUUUGGACAACUUUGUAGUAUUUGGUGAUGUGUACAGGAGAGACGAAAUUGAUGCCACUCACUAUCCUGUGUUUCAUCAGGCUGACGGUGUACAUAUAUUUACACCAAAUGAAUUAGAAUUAAUUAGUGGAAGUAAUGUUAAUGUAUUUGAUGACGACAAAAACAAUUCAAACAAUGAAAAGCAAAGAGUUUAUUCAAAAGAAGCUAAUGAAAUUGUUAUUGAUCACUUGAAAAAAACUUUGGUUACGAUGAUUAAAAAAGUAUUUGGUGAAGACAUUGAAUAUCGAUGGGUAUCUGAAUAUUUUCCAUUUACACAUCCGUCAUUUGAACUAGAAAUCAACUACAAUGGUCAGUGGAUUGAAGCUUUAGGAUGUGGUGUUAUUCGACAUGAAAUUUUAAAAAAUGCCGGAGCUGGCAACCGAAUUGGUUGGGCAUUUGGUCUUGGAUUAGAGCGUCUAGCAAUGCCAUUUUAUUCUAUACCAGACAUACGUUUGUUCUGGUCUAAAGAUUCAGGAUUUCUCAACCAGUUUCAAAACCUACCCAAAGAUGGACGAAUGAAGUAUAAACCGAUCAGCGUUUAUCCUCAAUGCAUUAAUGAUAUUAGUUUUUGGUUGCCCAAGGAAAAACCAUACUGUUCCAAUGAUUUUUAUGAACUUGUUGGAAAUUAUGGUGGCCAGUUAGUCGAACAAGUAAAACUAAUAGACCAAUUUAAACAUCCAAAAACUGGAAAUGUAAGCCAUUGUUAUCGCAUAGUUUACAGACAUUUAGAAAAAACAUUGAGUCAAGCAGAAGUCAAUGAAGUACACAAACUGAUCGAAAUAAAUGCUACACAAAUUUUAGGCGUAAAACUAAGAUAGUACAGAUUAGAUUCCUAAAUGAUAUGAUGUCAUGAAUCAUGACUGAUAUUUUAGUUAACUUUUUUUAAGUUAGAACAAAACUUUAUUUUAAUCGUGAAGAUUGUAAAUUGAAAUACAAUAAAAAGUAAACCAGAAUUGUUCAAAUCAUA